AUGAUUCCAUGCUCCGAUUUAGAUGCACAAGUUUUGGAAGCUCCUAUAACAUCCACUUCAGCGAGUGCAGAAUCUACUAAUCCUGUAAUUAAAACAAAACAUACCAACACACAGCAGACUAAGUUAAGUGCCUUUAUUAAACGUCCAGUAGGUGUAGAAAAAGAAAAAAAAAUUAAUGAUUUAAUUUUUAAAAUGGUAAUUAAAGAUCUUCAGCCUUUUUCAGUCGUUGAAGACGUAGGUUUUAAAGAUCUCAUUAAUUACUUAGAACCAGGCUACAAAAUACCUUCAAGGUACAUACUAAGCAAUACUAUAUUGGAUGCUCAAUACUCUGAAGUCAAAAACAAAUUAAAAGAAGAAUUGGUGGCCGCAAAAUAUGUAUCAAUCACCACCGAUGGCUGGACUUCAAGAGCAACAACGUCUUAUCAAGCUGUAACAGCCCAUUAUUUAUUAAAUUGGGAGUUAAAAUCUGGAUCUGCUUUAUUAGGAUGUUUUGAAUGUCAUGAGCGUCACACGGCCGAAUAUAUUAAAAAUGAGCUGUAUAGUUUGAUCACAUGGAACAGUACCCUAGACAUGAUUGAGAGGAUUUGUUCACUUCAAGAGCCAUUAGAAGCUUCUCUUGGAAUUUUACACAACCCAGUUGAAAAUCUUCUGGAAGACGAAUGGCAGACACUGCCUGAAAUAAUAAAAAUUCUAAAGCCUUUUAAGCAACUCACUGAAGAAAUGUCUUCAGAAAUAAAAGUGACUGUUUCAUUGGUUCUGGCUUCGACAGAAAGCAUGAUUAGCAUUUUUGACAAUUUAGAUAGAAGUUUAAUUACAGAUACAGGAAAGAAACUGGCAAAUAAAAUAAUAACGGAAUUUCAAGCUAGAUUUAAAAAUUAUUACAGGCACCCAGUUUUAUCUAAAGCAGCACUGCUAGACCCCCGUUUUAAGAAGCUGGCAUUUAGAUUUGAUGCAUUAAGUUACAAGUCUGCCAAAGAUGCAUUGAAAACUGAGCUGCAAAACGAAUUCAAUUCUCAUCAAGAAUCAACAGAACCCACAGAAAAUGAAUCGACAUUAGCUAUAUCUACUGGUGACACCGAUAUCGAUAACGACUGUAUAUGGAAAGAUUUUGACGCAUUGGCAACGUCAGCGUCUGCUACGAACUGUACGAACUCAGUUAGUAGCAGCACAAUUACAAUGAGACAAUAUCUAGAAGAACGCAUUAUUCCUCGAAACGAGUGUCCUUUAAAAUGGUGGCAGGCACGGGCAAUUCUAUACCCCGAACUCUCAAACUUGGCCGAGAAAUAUUUAUCUGUGAUGGCUACCUCAGUACCAUCUGAAAGAACUUUUUCCAAAUCGGGCCAAAUAUUAAGUGAAAGGCGCAGCUCUAUUCAGCCAAAGCGAAUGGAAAAGAUUUUAUUUUUAAAUAUGAACCAGAGAUUCCUACCAUAAUUUUUUUUU